CACACUUGGCUUGGGCUCAUCUUGCUGCUCAACUCUGCAAACAAAAGAUACUUGGAACUUGUUUCUAGGGUUUCGAAUUCAAUGGACUCAGAUUGAUUGCAGAACCAAGUCAACAAAACUUGUAGUAAAAUCUGGUUCAUUCCCUUGACAACAAAUGCUAACUCCAUUGUAUUGUAUUCAUUGGGAUUAUUGACGGAAACAUUCAAUUUCUAGUUUCGAACACCAAAAAACCUAAUCCAAGUUUGGUUCCUCGAUGGAAAGGUCUAGAUCUAAGAGGAACUACUACUAUGACCAAGACUAUGAUUCUGAGACCUUGGCUAAGACAAGGCCACGCUAUAACCACCACUACAGCACCAGCGCUCAUCGCCAUCGCGGCGGCGCUGGCGGCGGCGGUGGAGGUGGUGGCCGUCAUCCUAAGGCGCAGGACUCGCCGUUAACGGUAACCACAAGUUACCGCAUUCUGUGCCACGACAUGAAGGCCGGGGGCGUGAUUGGCAAGUCCGGCAGCAUUAUAAAGUCUAUAAGGCAGCACACCGGCGCGUGGAUCAACGUGCACGAGCUUAUACCGGGAGAUGAGGAGCGAAUCAUCGAGAUUUCCGACACACGCCGCCGCGACCCUGAGGGGAGAAUGCCGUCGUUCUCGCCGGCGCAGGAGGCUCUGCUGCUGAUCCACGAGAGGAUUCUUGAGAGCGAUGCGGCGUUUGGGGUGGCGGAGGAGGAAGAGGAGUACGUCGGCGGUGGAAGAGGAGGAGGAGGCGGCGGCAGUGGGAGCAACCGCGUGGCGACAAGGUUGGUGGUGUCAAGAGUGCAUGUUGGGUGUUUGUUGGGGAAAGGAGGGAAGAUUAUUGAACAAAUGAGGAUGGAUACGAAGACACAAAUUAGGAUACUCCCUAGAGAUCUCAACCUUCCCCGUUGUGUUUCCAUGUCUGAAGAGAUUGUACAGGUUGUAGGUGAUGUAAAUGCUGUGAAGAAUGCUCUAGUAAUUAUAUCAUCACGAUUGAGGGAGAGCCAGCACCGUGACCGCAGUCAUUUUCAUGGACGUGUACAUUCGCCAGAGCGUUUUUUCUCUCCUGACGAUGAUUAUAUUCCUCAUGUGACUAGUGGAUCUCGUAGAUCAUCUAUGGAUGGGGCUGCUUUUGGAUCACGAGUAUCUACCACAAAUACCAGGAACAAUAACCACCCAACAUUAGGUUAUGCAAUGGAGCCUGGGGCUGCUCCUGUUACUGAUGAUGCACAGCCCUUCUAUGGGGAGGAACUUGUUUUCCGUUUACUUUGUCCAGUUGAGAAAGUUGAUCGUGUUAUUGGGGAAUCAGAUGGAAUUGUAGAGUUCCUUCAGAAUGAAGUUGGCGUCGAUGUAAAGGUCAUUGAUCCUGUUGGUGGUUCAGAUGAACAGAUAAUUAUGAUUACUUCAGAGGAGGAAGCUUUGUUACAUAUACAAAGUCGCAUUGUCGAUCUUGUUCCAGAUAAAGACAAUGAUAUAACCACCAGGCUUGUUGUCCCAUCUAGUGAUAUUGAAUGCUUGGAUGGAAAAGAUGCUUCACUAUUGGAAAUAAGGAGGUUGACUGGUGCUAAUGUUCAAAUUUUGCCUAGAGAAGAACUACCUCUUUGUGUUGCAAAAGCUGAUGAACUGAUACAGAUUGUGGGAGAGAUCAAAGCAGCCCGAGAUGCUGUUGUUGAGGUGACAUCAAGACUAAGAAGUUAUUUGUAUAGGGAUUUCUUUCAAAGGGAGACAGUAGCACCAGCAGCUCUCUUACCUGGUGUGGAGGCAUCUUCUUCCAAUAAUAUAGCUCCAGUUACUGAAACUUCCACAACCUAUGAGAAUAUGCAGACUGUGGGGGCAACCCUUCCGUUGAAGGAAACUGGAGGAUCAAGCAUUGAGACAGGAAAACAGAAAGAAAGUGAUCGCCGUGAUGAGAUGCCUAGCGCUUUAAAUAGGAUUGCUGUGCCUCUUGUCACAAGGAGUACACUUGAAGUUGUUAUACCAGAGUAUGCCGUACCAAAGCUUAUAGCAAAAUCCAAAAGCAAGCUUGCACAGAUAAGUGAGUUAUCAGGAGCCAAUGUAACCCUUGUAGAGGAUAGACCAGACGUAACGCAGAAGAUUAUUCAGAUAUCUGGUACUCCAGAGCAGGCAGAAAGGGCCCAGAGCUUGCUCCAGGGAUUUAUUUUGAGCACACAAGAAGACGGCCCUUAAGUUCUUGGCAUUCCGGAAGCUGGUUUAGACUAAAGGAUAGUACCAUUGAUUUAGCGUCUGAGGCAUUUUGUUCCAUGCACUGAUUGGUUUCCAUGUUUGGAACAUUGCUGUCACCCAGAGUUGGAAUUUUCAAUGUGAGAGAAGCACCCUCCUGUAAAUGUUGUAUUGAGAGCUUCUUUGUAGUUUUAUAAGCAAGUGCGUGGGAGCAUUUGUUGGCUACCCUGGAUGGUGUUUUACUAGAUCUCAUACCUAUUAAUCAAAAGCUUUUUCCCAACACUGAAACAGAAAGCCAAAAGGGUUGAAAAUAUGUUUCCAUUACGUGGUUUCCAUUAUGCAUAGGUUUAAAAUAGGCUAGACGACUAACUUAUGCUUUGCAAGGCUUAAGUUUGGUUGACUUUAAAUUGAUUUAGGCUAUUAUUAUGGCCCGAUCAUUAAACUUAUUUAAAAGUUUACAUUGUAACAAAAUCUUUUAAAUAAAUUAAAAAAUUAUCCUU